AUGAAAAUUCUUCGAAUUGAUAUGUUGUCAACAGACAGCGAUUUGAGCGAAUCGAAUUUUUACUCGGAUGGUCAGGAGAGGGACUUAAAAAGAAUGGAAAAAAAAAAUACGAAUUGGGCUUUGUACAACCCAGGCAGUGAUGUAGACAGUGACAAGGAGUAUUUUAUUGACUGUUUUGAAGCGGGCAUCAAGGCAAUCCCGAAAGAGGGGGAAGUUUUUAACAAAAGUGACACCCCUGAGGAGGGUAAAAAGUGCGCGGCUGACAAACGCGCAGGGGAUAAUGGUGCAGAUGACUGUGUCACAAAUGGCAAUAUCGCAGAUGACAAUGCCGCAUCCAGCCAUGGAGAUGACGACUUAACGAGCGAUUUGGAAAACUUCCAAAGCUUCGACUCAAGCACAUCCGACGCGGACGACAAAACAUUUGGGAAGAAAGAAAAAAUUUUCGAGCAGUACAAAAUUAAUAUUAGAACAGAAUCGGACAUAUCUUUUGAGGAAGAAAAAAGUUUUAGCCAUAGCAUAGAACUAAGCGACAACACAGAAGAGGGGCAAAGCAGGCCAUUAAACUUUUAUAGCGAUAAAUCGAAUGACAAACUGUUAGGAUGUGCAGCAACAGGGGAGAAUUCUCUCCAUCCAGGGAAGGAUGCUGCAAGUGACGUAGGCGAAAGGGGUGACCCUUUUGAAGGGACGGAUGAAUUAACCACGAAGAAAGAUCACACGAAUGAAGAGGAAGCCAAAGAAGAGAGGGAAAGUCACAGGGAGAACGAAGCGGAACAAGAGUCAAAUGACAAUCAAAUAGACACCCACGCGGGUGAGAAUCACAGAAAGAGUGAAUCCGCGAAUGACACAACAUUUGGCGAAACGGAGAAAACAGUAAAGGAGAGUGACACGCCGGAGGGGGGCGUAAAUUCUAAUUAUAGGAAUAGUACCUCCAAAAAGGAACACCUGAAAAAAAUGAGUUUAACCAAUAAGAAAAGGGAUGUGAUUACUCAGGGGAGGGGCUGCUCAGCUGGAAAUUUGUCAUUUGUGCUUGUUGGGGGCGUAGGGGAUAGGAACUCCCCGCACAGGGAUACGUAUAAAGCGAAGAAGCGCAGUGGCGAAGUGGAAAAAGGGGACGUUGCAGGAAAAGUGGGCCGUGCGGGAAAGGUCAAAAGGAAGCCCAGCCGAUUCGAUCCCCAAAGAAAUACCCCCCUUUUUGAUUAUUAUUCCACGGGGAACAACGCGCAAACUGGCGAAUGGGAAAGAAACCAGGACAACCAAACUGCAGACGAGCUGAUCACCAGCAGCGGCUACGAAAAGAGCGAGAUUGGGGACUUGCAUAGCAGUGAACCCGAAAAUGGCGAUGAUGAUGAAAAUGGCGAUAGUAAUCAAAAUGGCCAUGACGAUGGCAAACUUAACCACUAUCAGCACCGGAACUUCUUAUCCAAAGCACGAGGGCCCCAAUAUCUCCCCCUGUAUGGGAAAAGAAAUAACCUGAACAAAUGUGGCCACAAUAAAAUUUGCUUAAAAUCACCCCUGAUUAGGAAGCAGAGUUUUAGUGAGCCCCCUGAGCAGUGCAGACAAAGUGAAAACAGAAAUGCGCCUAAUAAGAAGGCUGACCAUUACAUCCACAUGUGCAUGCAGAAAAAUCGAGAAGGAAGAAACGAUUUUAAUGAUCCAAAUUGCUAUAUGCCUCCGAAGAAGCCUAAUUUAUACGGGGAAAAGUUGUGUGAACAUAGAAAGAUUAAUGCACCCAGAAGUGUGAGCAAACGGUCGGUUGGCGUUCAAAUAAAUUUGAGAGGCAAAAAAGAAUACAAAAAAAAGGGGAACACGAGAAGCGAAUGCUACAUUCCAAGUUACCGAAGGGUGAAGGUAAAAAUCCCCGUGUUCGAACUGAAACGGGCUGACAUAAAGAAUUACGAUUUUGAUGCAGUUCUGGUGAAGGAUGGAAGGGUUGUCCCACGAAAAAAGGAUCCCGUAUGGGAAUUUCUGCCGGCCUACAUUUCGUACGUAAACGAGCGGUAG